CACGCCUCCGUCCGGGCUGCUCCGGCGACAGUCACGGGAAGCCGGCUGACUGGACCCGGUGCGCGGCCAGUCCCGGGUUGUGUCCGCCGGCGGCCGUUCUUGACGGAGACCCCGCUUUCCCCCCUCCCGAGAGGCUCCGGCCAACCGAUUCCCCUGCGUCCCAAUCCGGGGGUGGAGAUCAACAGCCCUCAAUUUUCCGAGCGCGAGAGUUUUCCGCCCCUUUCUCGGGCAGCCUGGGAUUCCUCGGCCGGGUCUCCUGCUUGGGUCGGUGGGUCCCUCGGCCCGGCUGGCAUGUAGCCUUGCUCAGCCCGGCGCCACCCCGUGGGUAGGAGUCGUGGCGGGGGAAGAUGGACGCUGUGUUUCUGUCCCCCUCCCUCCCCCUUCCAAACCGCCGGGAUGGAGCGGGCGAAGGGGGCCGCUGGAAGGCUUCGGCUAGUUGGGCCGGCUCCAGCCAAGCAAGAAGCAGCCCCAAAGGUCGUGCGAACUGUGCCACGCUUGCGGGAAAUCAGACAUAAACAGCCUUCAGUGGCAGGUGGCUGCGCGCUGCCGGGUGGGCGGGCGGCCCGUCUCCUCCGGGGGCCGUGCCCCUCCCUGGCGCCGCGGCUGCUCUGGGACAGCCCCCCCCCCUCUCCGCCCGCCCUCGCCCUGUAAUUGCAAGGACUCGGCGGCUCCUCUCCUGGCCCCAAACGGGAAGGGAGAGGAAAGAGGCCGCUCGGGAGAGCAGCAGCCCCGGACCUCUUCUGCCCGGCUGGCGCCUCCCUUUCCGUCCGGACCUCCAGGAUGGGCUCCAAGCUCCCCAGCUGCUUUCCACGCGCGAGACGCGGACGGUCGCGGCGGGCCAGCAAGGCGGGCCAGGGAGAGCCCCCGGAAGCAGCCUCUACAGACGGCCCCGACGUCGCGGCAGGCCGAGCACGGUCCACCCCGUCCACCAGCAGCGAGGGCGACCCGCAGAGCGGCCGGGCGUACUUCAGCGGCAAAGCGCGAGUCUCCUUCCGCCACCAGCUCGACUCCGAGAGGCACUCCACCAGCUGAUCCUCCUGAGAGGCAGCAGGCAGGGCUGCUGGGCAGAGGCCUCCCAGGAAUAAACGGCACCACCCCCA